AUGCCCGUGUCUGAGGAAGGCCCCGCGCAGGAAGUGCGUCCUGUCACCCAACUUCCGAGGCCGAGACAGCCAAAGGAACACCUCCGCGACCGCCACGUGCCGGGUAAAUCCCGCUCCGCGUCGAGGGUUCGCCCGACCCCGGAUCGACUGCGAGAUGCAAAUCUCGCCCCUGCUCAGGGAGAGAAUUCAAGCCUGCUGGGGGGGCAGCGCGAUCCCGUUAACGUGCCCCACCAUAAGAGAAUACGUACCACCCGCGGAGGCUCGUUUCAUAUCCAGAGGGAUAUGUUUAUGGUGGACGACAGCGGGGGGCAUAGUACCAGCACUGGCGACGCGUCGAACAAGACCCCCCGCCAUGACACGGGAGGGAAGAAGCGACGGAAGGGACGCCGUUCCAUGCACAGGCACAGGCGCGACUUUCGCCCUGGAGCUUGGGGCUGGCGUAUGCCGGCAGAGGAAGAUGUUGUCAUGCCCAGCGGUUCGUGGAUUUACCUGCCGUUGAUAGGCAUGCUUACCUUUGUCGUCGCCCAUUCGGUCAACACCUCGGCCCACUUCAUUGCCAACUCUGUCAUAGCCCCGUUGGGGAAGGCAAUAGGCAGAGGCUUGGGCGGAACUGCCGCCAUGUGGGCAACCGGAUCGUUGCGGGGACUUUCGCUCGCGAUAAGCUUCCUCCUGGUCUUCUUCAUAUCCCCACAGUACUCUGCGGGAUCGGGCAUCCCGGAAAUGAAAUGCGUGCUCAGUGGCGUCUUCAUGCCCAAGAUGUUGAACCUGAGGACCUUGUUCGCCAAGACAGUCGGCCUCGCUUUUUCCCUCGCGAGCGCCAUCAGCAUUGGCCGCCUGGGUCCCUUUAUACACAUCAGUGGCAUCAUAGCCGCCUUGGUGUCCAAGAUUCCGUGGUUCAGCGCACUGCACAACAGCGCCCGCUUCCAGCUACAGGCCCUUAGCGCCGCGAUGGCCGCGGGGGUUGGCGCAACGUUUGGGGCACCCAUCGGUGGCACUUUACUUUCCAUCGAGGUCAUGAGCACGUAUUAUUAUGUGCAUUGGCUGCCGAUGGCUUUGUAUUGCUCGGUCAUGGGCUACUUUUUGGUCGUCUCGCUUGUCCAAGUAGACAAGCGUUCCUUCUUCCCUGUCAGCGCUGACAUCGGCUUUAAAUUCACCUCUGGGAAGCGCCUUUUGUUGUACAUUGCGCUUGGAGCCGUUUGCGGCGUUGUCGGCGCUGCUCUGGUCCAAUUCACCCGGGCAGCAUUCAAUUUUCGCCGAAAAUACUUCACAAACGCAACGCCCGUGCGGACGACGCUCAUGGUCGCUUGGUUUGCCCUGUUCCAUACUUUGGUCGUGGCCUCUUUUGGCGGCAUCAUGGCCAUCCCGCAGAGGACUGGGGUAGGUGAACUCUUCAGCGAAAGUGAGGGCGUCGUCCCCUGGCUCAGCAUGAGCUGGCGGCCUUUUGAAACCGAGAGAUGGAACUCCAUUUCCGUGCUCUUCCUCUCCUUCGCAGUGAAAUUCGUGCUCACUGGACUCUCCCUUAUCAUGCCUGUGCCAGCAGGAACGUUUAUGCCCAUUUUCGAAACGGGGGCGUUGCUAGGGAGAGUCUUUGGAGAGUUUUGCGGCUUUUUCGCCUUCAUGGACUGGGUUGAUCCCAAAGUGACGGCCAUCAUCGGGGCUGCAGCGCUGACUUCGGGUGCGCUCCACACGACCUCAGUGGCAGUGGUGAUGCUUGAAUUGACACGGGAAGCGAUCGAUGUUCUUCCAUUGGCCGUGGGUGUCCUUGUGUCGUACGGGGUCUCAAAGCAGCUCUGUUCGGAUUUGUUUUCCGAAUUCAUCAAGAUUCGGCGACUCCCAUUCAUUUUGGGACUGCGUGAGCGAUACCCCUCGGAGAACCACCAGUUCUACGAAGACGUGUCCACCGUGGUGGCUGGCUCUUUCAUGUCGACUGACUUUCCGUAUGUGACUCCCUUCUCCACGAGAGGAGAAGUGCUUCAGAUGCUGACGGUGCGACGCAAGCCAUGGAUCACGUGCGCGUUCCUGAGCGACGACAGGGACCGGUGGCUUUGGGGCACGAUCACGCAAGAAAAUUUGUGGAAGGCGUUGGGCAAUGACGGCUUGAGCUCGUCUGAGUCGUUUGACGAAGAGCAGGGGUACGGGUCGGUGGGACGUGGCCAAGGCAGUGCAACUUCGGAAGAGGAUUACAUCCCGUUGCUGAAGAAUUUUGAUCCGACAGUGGGGUCCCCGUUGGUCGACAUGGGCCCGAUGCAAGUGUCGCACAGCACGCCAUUUUGGAAGAUUGUGACACUGUUCCGUAUGCUGUCCAUGAGCACGAUGUACGUGAUGAAGGACGGUGUGACGGUCGGGUGCGUGAGCAAGGCGCAAGUUAUCUCGCACUCGAUCCACAUCGAGGACCGUGCCAAGCGAAAGCGGGAGCGGGUGCGGCAAGCUCAGGCGCAGCGGGUUCGCGACGAGAGGGAGCUAUUGCGGCAGCUUCAGCGUGACCCGCAGACGUCGAAACGACUGGCGUCGCGCAUGUCUGGGCAGGACCUUGUGAAUAUGUGCUCGGCCGCGAGUGCGGGGAAGAGGAGUGGGCACGGUAGUUUUAGCAGUAGAAGAUAGAGAUUUUUGUCUUGUGUAUUUUUAUACUAUCGAGAAGUGUGUUUUUUUUUUUUGGUAGAUAGAGUAGAUGGCUAAAGAGUUUUGA